UCUAUAUAAUACAACAACUAGUUGUUACUUGGAACUAACACACACUGAAGAAUAGCAGCAAGUAGUAGCUCUUGACCCUUCUUUCCACCUUUUCUGGUCCCUCCCUCCAGAAAUGGCUUCUAAUUCCAUUCUUCUUCUUUGUAUCUUUCUUGUGGUUGCCACUAAGGUUUUUUCCUAUGAUGAAGAUCUUAAGACAGUGGUUCCUGCACCUGCUCCACCAGUGAAGGCACCAACUCUUGCCCCUCCAGUGAAAUCACCAUCUUACCCUCCAGGGCCAGUGACCACACCAACAGUUCCAACACCCACUGUUAAGGUACCCCCUCCCCCUCAGUCUCCAGUAGUUAAGCCACCAACACCAACAGUUCCACCACCCACUGUUAAGGUACCCCCUCCCCCUCAGUCUCCAGUAGUAAAGCCACCAACUCCAACACCAACUUCCCCAGUGGUGUACCCUCCUCCUGUUGCUCCAUCUCCACCAGCUCCUGUAGUGAAAUCAAACAAGGAUUGCAUUCCACUAUGUGAUUAUAGGUGCUCAUUACACUCAAGGAAGAAAUUGUGCAUGAGAGCAUGCAUAACCUGUUGUGACCGAUGCAAAUGUGUCCCUCCUGGAACUUAUGGUAACAGGGAAAAGUGUGGCAAGUGCUACACUGACAUGCUGACUCACGGCAACAAAUUCAAGUGCCCAUAGAAGAAGCCUAAUAUCUAGUAACUUACCUAAGCUUUUUUGUUAAUCAAGUUUGAAUCAUGAGUAAUGUGGUUUGAGUUGCUAGUGUAUUUAAUAACCGAGAGUGAUAAUCAUAAUUGUACAAGCUAUCGUGUUAAUCAAAAUAGUCAACACUGUUUGUGUUGUCUAUAGGAUCCAUUUGUGGUCCAUGAAGAAGUUUAUAUUCAUAAUGAUUAAUAUAAGGAUGUAUUGCUGUACGAAAUUCAGAACUAUAAUUAAAUAUGAAUAUGACCUUGCUAAAUUUGAUUC